AUGUCGGAGAAGGACGGCCCAGCUGAACGGCUCAAGGCACGCUUUCCCAACAAAUUUGGUGGAGAAAAUGCAGGCCGAACCGGUUUCGUCAAUGACCCUGAUCAGAAUUCUAUUCUCAUCCCAGAUCCUGGAAAUGAACUUCUUGCCUCAUCUUUGGUCCAGGCCGACCACUCUUCCCUUUUCAAUAUGUAA